AUGCCAGUUCAAAAUGAGAUGCAACCACCGACAGGUUACGGACUAGGCCACGCUAUUUGUGCAGUUUGUCAAGAGAGCUUUGGUGUCGAUGAGCGAAUGGUGAAUUCCAAUGGUCAAAUUCUUCACGAAAGGUGUUUUGUGUGAGUAUAAUAGCCGUUUUACUUUAGUAUACCAUUGAUGAUUGAGUGAAAUUAUGUAUAUUUUUUGUAAAGUGGCUUUUGUUGCUUAAAACGUGAACCAGUCAUUUGGAACAGACACCAUAAUGUUGGUAAAUUCGGAUUCCAUUCCAUAGCUAGUAUGAGCUGUGGUUUAAGCCGUGGUGUAAUCAUGAACUAUUUGCGGAUAAAGAAAAGAAACUUUCCAGUAAUUCAUGUCAGUUUUUAAUGUUUUUUUUUUCAUUCUUUCCAGCCAGUGUCCAAUUCGCACACAAGUGUUCAAAAUUCGCAUACAGUGUACAACUUCAAUCAAAAAUGACAAAAAUGUACUCCACCUUUUUCUUUUCAUCCGUCAUCCCACAGGACGCCCAGACGUAGUAUAUAGGGGCCCGUUACACAUAUAUAGACAGUUUACAUAUAGGGGCGAGAUAUCAGUCACAAGUGCGUGAAUGAACGGAGUUAUGUCACACUAAUUGCUGUCUUUUUAAAAAAAGGCUAAGACUUGUCUUUACAUCAAUUGAAUUUCAAAAAUAAUUUUCCAGUUCUUUUAUUUAUGACUAUUUUUAGGUGCAUUGAAACUGAUUUCUGUUGUUUUUUACUACGGGCGCCAAGGAUGGACGGACUGAAACUUUUAAAAGGCUGGGCCCUUGAUCUUUUGCAAGGUUUAGACAUUCCUGGAAAAAUCACCCAAAUAAAUGAUUAUGCUUAGUUCUUCCUGAUUAAAAUUGUUUGAUAUCUUCCUCAUAACUCUACAGGAAAAUGAUGGGUAAAAGCACUAAGAGUAAUGACUUCAGUACAGAAUUGACCUUGAAAACAUUUUAGCCUUUAAAACGAGUGUGGGCAGGGUCCGAAAUUAACUUUUUAAUACGGGCGCCAACUGGCGAUCAAGUAUAAAUUUUUGGUCGCCAGAGGGUAAAUUGUGGUCACCAAAAAUUCCCCCUCCCUUUUUUUCCAAUAAUAGUUUAAACACGAAUAAAAAAUGCAUGGUAUGGACGUUUUUAUGCUCGAAAAUUGCACUACUUCCACUCCCGAUAUCAGAAAGCAACCGUACGUGUAUGAAAGAAGUCUUUUUUUUCCCGCAAAUUACUUUUUGGAGAUAUAAAGCUGUCUGACUUAGAACGUAGGAACAGAAAGCUGUCUACUCGUGACUGCACUGAUCAUAUCAAAACUCUAUUUUUUUCCGAUAACUACCACGAAACAAGAAACAUAAACACGAGUCAAGACACCAUGUUGCUCGUACCAGGCCACAACUGCGCCACAUCACUCGUACCAGUACACAAAGUACAUAACGUACUUACCGAACAACAUGGCGGCUUGGAAACGUUCAACUUGUAUUGAUUGUAGCUGUUGUGGAGGUAUUAUUACAGGAAGAUUCGUUUCACUUUUAAUUAAAAAAUAUCAGCAGGACAAAAAGUAAGACACCUGUUGGCAAAUAGCUUCGAGGUUUCAAUUCUUAAUCAGUUUCUCCGAACGUUAAAGUCAACAAUAACAACCAGCUUUACAAGUCGCUAGCUGGCGACCAGCUAUGAAAUUCUGGUCGCCAGGACUAAAUUUCUAGUCGCAUUGGCGACCAGGAAGGCGCAAUUUCGGACCCUGGUGGGGCAUUUCAUUUCAGUUUUUCUUGUAGAAUGAGCUCACGUCCACCAGUAUCGCAAUAAUGUGAAAUGUUUAAAAUAGUAGCGAAUAGUGAAAAUGUGCCAAAAAGACGCAUACAUUUUUACAUGUCAUGAACAUUUUUUUUUUAAUCUGUUUACACUUGUUCUAAUUGUAUCUAUCCAUCUUUUUGAUGGUCUAGAGUAUGGUCAAAGGCAACAUAAUUUCCCAAUUAGUUUAUUUGUUAUUUAAGUAAAGGUCAAGAUAUCAUAUAUAUUGUAGCACUAUCCUUUUGCUUUGCGACUGUUUCAGUUUGGGCAGCAGUGUUGUAACCAUCUUAGUUACAAUGUUAACUUUAGGGACGGACCAUUAAAAAAGUUAUGGGGGGGGGGGAAUUUUCGAGCAGCAUGAAUUUUUUUUCAUUAAUGUUUCCAUUGAAUGAAAUUUUUUUUUUGUCAAGAUGCUGUGCACGAAUGUUUUUUUUUCCUUGAAGCAACACUAAACUAAAAAAAAUAUUAAAUCAUUCAGUUGUUCACUUAGCUGCAUAUGCGAAAGUAAAGUGAUACAUAUUCUAAGGUACAGUUCACAAUGGCCUUUGAUACACAAGGUAUCCUGUAUUGUUGGUACAUUGGUACUGCGCAAGUUCAUAUUGCAUUGCUGAAAUUUUACAUGUAAACAGCAUUACGAACAACAAGUCACGGCAAGAAUGUUUCAGGCUCAAACAUGCUAUACAGUGCACGAUUUGGGGACAACUGAUUAAGGACACAAAGUUUGUGAUCGCAUCACAUGCUCACACAAUCACUAUACCUUAUUAACUUGAAUUUUUAGUAACGUCACCCCAAUAGCAUGCCGGUCUGUUCUACCAUUCAUGUGAGGUGACACAAAUUUGGUUCACGAAUUCUAGUAUAUAUCAGUACAAGGCUUUAAAACACGCAGGGUCACAAGGCAUCACAAAGUAUCACAAAGUAUCACAGAGUAUCAGAAAGUAUCACAAGGUAUCACAAAGUAUCACAAAGUAUCACAAGGUAUCACAAAGUAUCACAAAGUAUCACAAGGUAUCACAAAGUAUCACAGAGUAUCACAAAGUAUCACAAGGUAUCACAAAGUAUCACAAAGUAUCACAAGGUAUCACAGAGUAUCACAAAGUAUCACAAGGUAUCACGGAGUAUCAAAAGGUAUCACAAGGUAUCACAGAGUAUCACAAGGUAUCACAGAGUAUCACAAGGUAUCACAAGGUAUCACAGAGUAUCAAAAGGUAUCACAAGGCAUCACAGAGUAUCACAAGGUAUCACAGAGUAUCACAAGGUAUCACAGAGUAUCACAAGGUAUCACAGAGUAUCACAAGGUAGCACAAAGUAUCACAAGGUAUCACAAAGCAUCACAAAGUAUCACAAAGCAUCACAAAGUAUCACAAAGUAUCACAAGGUAUCACAAAGUAACACAAAGUAUCACAAGGUAUCACAAAGUAUCACAAGGUAUCACAAGGCAUCACAAGGUAUCACAAGGCAUCACAAAGUAUCACAAGGUAACACAAGGUAUCACAAAGUAUCACAAAGUAUCACAAGGUAUCACAAAGUAUCACAAGGCAUCACAAGGUAUCACAAGGCAUCACAAGGUAUCACAAAGGGAACUCACCUGUACCGUAGCGCUUUUAUCUCACGGGAAAAACAUUACAUUCACUAACAUUGCACUCUUUUGAGUGCGCAAUUCAACUGAACAGAAACUAAACAAAGCAGUUUCUUUUUUCAAAAUAUUUGCAUAAGAUGUUUAACAUUUCCGAAAUCUGUUAUGUCAAUACAGGAUUAGUUAUGUAGCAAAACGAUUCCUUUAUAUACUGUGACAAGGGUUUCACUACGAGAUUGUGCUCUGUGCAAAAAUCAGGGAAAAGACAUUUUCUUAUUACGCGUGCAAUUAUGGUGCAUAAGCGCACCGUUUUGUUUGUUUGUUUGUUUGUUUUUGUUCUUUCUUGUUUGCAUUUGACGAUUCUCAUUAAGAUGUAAUAUGGGGUUGACAGGGCUACACGACUCCCCAGCGCGUGUUUAAAAUAGCCUUUUAUAGUUUGGCUCUCACGAGUAUGUCUUUGAGCGACCGCCCUCUUUUAUAAGAUACGAGGGCGGUUCUAGUUUGUAGAUUUCACUCCGUAAUGGUUGUUGUUCUAUUAAAUGCCAGUUUUUCAUGAGAAUUUGCUUUAGGUUAGGCACUGAUGGUUGGUAUUGUGUGACAAAAGGCAAGAUUCGUUGGUUUGUCUUUGGUUUCUGUUGAAGGGCUAGUUUCCUGUCUUUGAAGUUAGGGUUGUGUUAAUGAGAUCCUCUGGGUAACCCCUCUGUAGCAGAUGCGCUCUGAAAUUUGUAAUUUUCUCUUCGAAUAUUAUUUUGGAAGAGUUUGUUCUGAGGAGCCGGAGGGCUUCCCCCUUUAAUGAAGCCUUUUUUUAACUCCUUGCGGGUGACAGGAACCAAAAUGGGUAUACUGAAAUGUCUCAGUUGGUUUGAAAUGAGUACGCACAUCAAGGGUUGCGUCUCUUUUGAAUCUUUCCCCUUUGUAGAUGUAGGUGUCCAGGAAUGUUGUUCCCUUAUCGGAAAUUUCAGCCGUAAAUUUGAUCGUAGGGUGAUGAUUGUUUGCUUGUUCAAUGAAAUGUUCUAUUCUGUCUCUGUUUGUAGUCCAGAGCGAGAAGAUGUCGUCUAUGUAACGUUUCCAAACGAGUGGUUUAAAAAGGCUUUGGCUAAGGAUUUUCGUCUCUACCUUGUUCAUGAAUAUAUUAGAAAAAGGACUGCCAUUUUCGUGCCCAUGGCCGUACCAUGUGUUUGAAGGCAGUUUUUUCCAUUAAACUGGAAAGAAUUUUCUUGGAGAAUUAGCCUGAGCGCUUUCGUUUUAGUAGAAAAUUUCGUAUGCUCUGCAUACCGUGUCUAUUCCCUCCUCUUGCGGUAUAUUUGUAUACAAGCUCGUAACGUCCAUUGAAACAAGUAUGACCUCCGCUGGGACUUUCGUAUUUUCUAUGAAAUUAACAAAGUCGGUAGUAUCUUUAAGAUACGACUUUUGUUGUUGUGCUAUCGGCUGAAGGAGUUUGUCGACAAAUGAUGAUAAUUUCUCCGUUGGGCCAUCCCACCCUGAUACUAUCGGUCUGCCGACCGGGGACGGCUUUUGUAUCUUAGUGAGGCUGUAAAAUUCUGGAAUUCGAGGCGGAUUUGGUGUUUGACAAAGCCAUUUUUUAGUCAUGUCGUCUAUGUGAUCCCCGUUGUAGAGGUCGGUAACAAGUUGUUUAACUUUAUGGUUUGUCUCAGUGUCCAAGGGUGAUGCAAGAGGCCUGUAGUUGUCUUUGUUGUCUAGUAGAGUUUGGCCUUCUUUAAUUUUGUCUUGUGUGUUCAUGACUACGGUUGUUGUUCCUUUAUCGGCCUUUUUAAGGUUUAUUUCAGUGUCACGUUUUAGGGCUCUGAGAGCCUCACGUUCGGUCGGAGGCAGAUUAUUUUUUGGCUUUGUUAUUUCUAUUUCUGCAAGGUCACUCUUAACCUCUUCUAGGUAACUUUCAAGGGCUACUGAUCGUUGUAUUGGUGGUUCCCAUGCAGAUUUGACAUGGUAAGGAUGGGGUUCGUUGUUUUCCCCUCGAAAUAUGUACAUUAGACGCAUUCUUCUUGCAAACUGAUCAAAGUCACGCAAGAGUUGUUGCCUGAUUUGUGUUUGUUUUGUAACGGGUGUUGGAAAGAAUUUAAGCCCUUUUGCCAGUAAAUUAAUCUGGUCAUUUGUAAGUUCUUUGUUUGAGAGUUUUUUUAUGUGUUUUUUUGUUCGCCUCUAUUGUGAUAGUUUUUCUGGCGUCUGACCUUUCUGCGCUCUUUGCACUUAUUAGUUGCUAGCCGUUUGGCUUUUAAAAUUUGUUUUUUGGCCCCAUGUUUGUGGUGGGAGUCAGAGAAUACACAUGUGUACUUUUGAACUUCUUUAUUUUCAAUUGCUCAGUACUCGAUGGAAAGAAAGUUGACUAAACGGGCGUUUAAACCAGCCGUGGGACACAGAGUGGCUAUGAACGAAAAGGUAAGGGAGCUUUUGAAUCAAUAUUUCGGCGUGAUCAUGAUUUUUUUCCCCUUAGCGUUGUAGAUUCGAAUACAUGUGAUAAAAUUCGAUCAAUAAGGGCCCGAAUCACAUGUAAUAAUGCAAGAAAUAUCGAUUUUCGUUAUCUUAAAGGCUACUAGUACCGAUAGACAAACAAAAAGACUUCAUAUCUUUAAGACUUUUUGCAUUUAUUUGGCAUCAGAUAAUACACUAAUAAUUCUAGUAUAUUCCCACCAAAUGACCUCUGAAGUCCGAACCCACAAAUAGUUCGCUUGGGCUGCCUGUGGUUCAAUCGUACUACAGUUCUUAGUGUUCAGUGCUAUAGCCGGUGCGGCUCGCUUUCCUUUCACGGUUUCGGCCUUAAAACGGCCGAUUUCUCGUUGAUGGAAUCGUAUAAUCGCAUUGAGUGUUUCUUGCUCUGCGUUCUUACGGAUUUGUUUUAUCUCUCUCUUGAAGUCCUCGUCCGCUGAGGGAUAUUUUGGCCCUCUCCCUUUAUUGUAGGUUUUUUCUGGGCAAGUUCCCUGUCCGUGUGCCUUUUAAAAGCUUUCAUCGCACCUUCGGCUUGGCUAAUUUUGUCCUCCAGCGGAUAGGCUAUGGCUCCCUUUACGGUUCUCUGUGGAUGGACUGUGGCGGCGACGUUUUCGGUACUGUUCUGUCCUUGGUUCGCUGGUACUCCUUUGAGGGCGCCUGUCGCGGCUUUGGCGUUGCUGUUUAGGCUGUUUAGGUUUUCUAGGCACUUGAUAUGGAGGAUUUGUUCAUCGUCAUCGGACUGCGCCGAGUAGAUCAUCCUCGUUAGCGAUGUCGUAUGAGACUUCCAUCUUAUCCUCAUUCUCAAAGGCAUUGCUUGUGCCAGGGGCAUUUAGUAGCCCGUCUGACGUUAUAAUGUUUUCCGACAUUUUCUGUGAAUGGUCAGGCAAGACCGCGGUUUCGAUCCUAAUCUUGUGGAUCUCGUCAGUUGCCGAUUGAAUUAACAGACUGAUAGAGAUGUGUUCUCGGUAUCAGUCACAAAAAGAGUGUUUCUUGACCAUUUUAUGCUCGUUCGAAGGAUCGAAAAUCCUGUGUUUCUCUCGUUGACCCUCUUGUCUGAGGUCAUCGACUGAGAACGAUUUCCGAACCCGCUUCUUGCUAGUCAUUAUCAAGAGGACGAUUGUAUCUGAAGCACCAAACAAUAAAACAGCAAACUGUUUUCAUUAACUCUUUUGUCUAAACAAACUAUCACACUAAGCCACGCACAAAUAAUUCAGCCGAAGAAGCGACGACCGGAAAUACGUCGGUGAUACCCUGUGAUGUAUCAUCAAAUAAACAAUGAAAAAAGACUCUUAAAUAAUUCUUUUGUUUUAACCUGAUAACGUGAAAUCUACUAACUAUGAUCAAAGCAAAAUAACACGGCUUUCCAAAUAAAUCGCCCUCGCAAGACAACAACUUUAAGUUCCUUACCACUAUUGAAAUCAGUGAACAGCAAAUAAAUGAAUCACUGAUUACCAAAACUCCCCGGAGCCGAAGAGAUUAUUAACCAUUAUUUCAUACUGAGCGAUAUCCUUUGAAUGUUCCUAUGUGGCAUUGUGACAUUGCCAACGUUAGGAAGAUUGAUUAUGGUACACUCACACCUUCUCUCUUGUCUUUAAGUUUAGUACGCAAAUUGUGAUGUUGUGAUGCUCACAAAUUGCAAGGCCCAAUCCCCCACUCCCCAAAUCGGGCACCAAGUGAAACAUGCAGGUUGCCAGUGUUAGUUCAUCACUGGCCACAAAUUAAAUAAGGCGUUCUUAUGAUAUUAUACAAAAAGAGUGUAUUCUCAAUGGUAAUUAUAAAGUCUAUUUUUAUGUAAAUUAUGAUAUAUUCUUACCAUAUUGAUACAUUAAAGUUUUUGUUUUUAAAAUCAAUUAUGAUGAUGAUAUUGUUCUUAUCAAGAAGCAGAACGGAAAUUGUCUAAAAGUGUGUGGUAAAAAAACAUAAAUUUAAGCAAUUGUUAAAAGUCUUUAGGCUGCUAGUCUGAAAAGAACAUGUAUCUUUUGAGUUAGUUCCAUUUUUCUAAAAGGACCAACAACAACUGUAAAAACGAAGUCUCAGAAAAUAGAUUUUUUAAUUAUUUUUAUUUUUAUUUAUCUGUUGCUUGUUAAAAGCAUCAAGAAAUAAUAUACAUUCUGGAUGUUUGUGGGUGUUUCCUUCGAUUUGUGGGGAAUACUCUGAUUAUUGUUAUCUAUGGUAUUUAAAAGAAAUGUUUUGUUCCAGAUGUUAGAUAUGUAACAAAGUAAGGAAACGAUAACCUUAAUAAGAUGUAAUAAUAAGUAUGAUAAAUAUUAAUUUUAAUUUAAGUUAUUUAAUAAUAAUUAUAUCUGAAAUUGCCAGCUAGUAAAAUUCAUGAUAAGCUUACAAGCCUCAGAUAUAUUUUUACGUAUCAGGUAUGAUUAUUUACAAGACCAAACUUCAGCAGGAAAUUUAUUCAAAAAGCUGCUGUUUUGCACACAGUAUGCUUUCCUGCCUGCCUUAUUGAGAUUUGUGCAAAAUGUGUGGAAGGCCUAUGCACGAAUUUUUUUCCUGGUCUACUCUGCAUGCAUGAAUUUUUUUUCACUUAAUUUUCCCUUGCAUGAAUUUUUUUUUUGUACGUUGCCUGCCCCCCAUAACUUUUCUAAUGGUCCAUCCCUUAUUUCGGUGAGUUCUGUAAUGUGAUAUUUUGGCAUCACCGAAUAAUAUAAAAGCGCAGCUAGCGUCCUUUUUUACUUAGUUGCUUGGAUAAGUGCACUCUUGGGAUGUAGUAUUCUUACAGUUGUUGGAUCAAGCCAAGAGAGAGUAACUCAUACUGAAGCCGGACUGAUAGGUAAGUAAGUUUUUGUUGUUGUUCUGUUUUGUAGUUUUGGUGACGUCAGUGGACUCAAGGACGUCGUAAUUGGUAGGGAUCGUGGUUUUUACCGCUCAGACCAUGGACAGGGUUUCACCCAAAUCAUUAACAUUGGGGAUAAUCAUUGGCUGACACUGUCAAACAUUUUUGGGAACCACCUGUUUUAUGGGAACCACCUUACACUAGCGACAGUUUGCAAUCAUUAAGCAUCAAAAGAAUGGAAGGAGGGAUGAGGUACCCUAUCGUUCUCGAUCAAGUAGCAUGCCAAAUUUUGAAGAAUGAGAAGUCAUUAACCAUGUUGGUCGAGAAUGUCCAGCAGGAGGAUCGAAGCGAAGAUUGUGGCCUAAUUGCCAUAGCUUUUGCGGCUAUGCUUUCUUUUAAUCAAGAUCCAGGUCAGGCAGUGAUCAACCAAAGUGUAAUGCACCGUGAGCUGUUGGAGAGUUUCCAGGAAAUGAACAUGAAACGAUUCGUGGCUAAUGUGGUUAUCGUAGACGAGAAGAAGAAAACGAAAGCUCUGUAUCAUUGGACCCACGAACUGCAUUGCAUAUGCCGCAUGCCUGAUGAUGGCAGCAACAAGGUAGCUUGUUCCAAAUGCAAAAAGUGGUAUCAUGAAAAAUGCUUGCGGGUGAUUGCUGUAGACUAUGCUAGAAGGCUAUGACUAUGCCAGAAGGCAAGAUGCCGCUGAAAGAAGACGAUUUGCAGCCGCAAGGCUAAAGGUAAAUUUGGAAGGGUACCACGAAAAAACAAAAAAGUAUGCAAGAGAGUCACAAAGGGUAAAAGAAGUCUAUGCGGCAAUUGCAGCAACAUACACCCCGUUUAAAUUUAAAGAGGCUGUUUCACAUAUUGGCGGCAUGAAUAAAGAUGACUGGCUUGAGGUAGAGGAAAUUGAAAGAUGUAAUGAUUUUCUGGGUGUGGCUUUGUCCAGUGAGAUAGGAGAUGAUUUCGAUCACUUCAUAGUAAUAUUGCCUGGUGCUUUUCACUCUGAUCAAUGACUUCUGUCUACUGUCGUUCAUGAAAUGGCACAUGUUUUGGAUUCAGCAAGUGCAACAACCUUCCAUCCAGCACAUUGGACCAACUUUAAAAAGCUGGCAGAUUCCUUUUGCGACACUUGAAGAUAAUCCAUCCACCCUCCCAAAACCUUACCGUGGGAUAAAACCAGAUGAGGUUUUAAUCUUAACAAAAUCUAAAGAAGCCUCUCCCUGGGUGCAAAAGCAGCAGGAUGUCGAGGAAGAGAGCAAUGAGCACAAAAAAGAUAAAACGGAAACGGAAAAUGACGAAGAGGAUAAGUAGAAGAAGUAAGAGGAAAAAAAAUACGAUAAAGUUUUAAAAAGGCCGUUUCCCACAUUGUCUGCAUGAAUAAAGAUGAUUGCCUUGAGGUAGAGGAAACUGAAAGAUGCAAUAAUUUUCUGGGUGUGGCUUUGUCCAGUGGGAUAGGAGAUGAUUUUUAUUACUUCAUAGUGAUAUUUCUUGGUGCUAUCAAGUAUCAUGAAUGACUUCUGUCUACUGUGAUUCAUGAAAUGGCUCAUGUUUUGGAUUCAGCAACUGCAACAACCUUUCAUACAGAACAUUGAAAAGGUUGGCAGAUCUGUCCCGUGACACUUGAACUAAGCACAAAGAGGGAAAGACGAAAAAGAACAAAGACAUCAACGAAGUAAAAAAAAAAUGAGAAAGCAAAGACAGAAAAAAAAAAUGGCAAGAAGAAAUGGAAGACGAAGAAGAGGAGAAGUAGGAGGAGGAAAAAGAGGAAGGAAGAGCAGGGGAGCGAUUAAGCUGGUAGUGAGAAUGUCAUCAAUUGUCUCCACGGUAAAGGGAAGGACCGCCAGCCUGUAGGUAGAACAUGAAUGGAUGAAGCGCACUUUACUCCAAUCAGCGGUUUUCACAAUGUCUCUGACUUCUCUGUGGCUUCCAGACAUCCAUAUCUAAAAACAUUCAAAUUCUACUAUCCAGAUUAAGUGAACAUAUUAUGUAAUUAAACAACAAUGAGAAACCAAUUAACUUUUUCCACGAACACAUGAUAUCGUCCAGAGAGAAAACAUCGCCAUAGUUACAUACUACAACAGCACUUGAAGUGACUGGGUAUAUCAUUGGCUUUUUAUAUGCCAUAUUUAUUCGAUUAAAUGCAGUUAUUGAAGUUUUAGCGUUUCUAAUGUGGCGCUUAUUCAAGGGCGGCGUUUAUUUGGAAAUCACUUUUUUCGAUUCGCAUCUUCAAGCGGCCAUAUCAUAACCCUUCUUAGCAAAAUUACUUUUCAUAUUAAACAAACAGCCAAAGCUGUUCACAUUGCUAUAUAGUGACAGUCUAAAAAGCAUUGACUAGGCACAGAUAAUUGAUUAAAUAUGUAUUUGCAAGGUUUUCCUACUCUUUCUGUGUAUUUCAGUGCAUCCUUUUUCAAACAGGCAGGAUCUUUUUUAGUCCUUCUGUAACCUUUUGUAUCAACACAAGAAGGCCUUUAGAUUACUGAUAAAAUAUAUAUUUUCAAUGGUUUUAUACUCUUUGUGUGUAUUUCAGUGCAUCCACUUUCAAACAGGCGGGAUAUUUUCUUGUACAUGUACUUCUAUAAAUUCGCCCCUAUAUGUAAGGCACCCCUAUAUGCAAGGAUGUUUGGUAACCUUUUGUAUCAACACAAGAAGGCCUUUAGAUUACUGAUAAAAUAUAAUUUUCAAUGGUUUUAUACUCUUUGUGUGUAUUUCGGUUCAUCCACUUUCCAGCAGGUGGGAUAUUUCCUCGUACUUCUGUAAAUUCGCCCCUACAUGUAAGGCACCCGUAUAUGCAAGGAUGUUUGGUAAAUUUGCCCUGCUCGCGAAUAAGAACUGCCGAUGUAAGGAGUUGGGAAAAUGAAGUUUCUAACCUGCCGUUUUCUAUGUUCAUAAAGUUAAUGUAUGGAACUUUCUAUAAAUGGUGAAGAGAUUUUUUUAAAAAGUAAUGAUGGUGAGUCCCCCAUGCUACAGACGCUCCAUUUGCGUGAAUAUCAAAACAUUGGUUUUAAUAUACUGUACUUGAGUGCGUGACUAUAACUGUCAACUCACCAAUAUAUGCAAGUCGCCCCUAAAUGUAACGUGCCCCUAUAUGCAAGGUAACGUUACCAACCACGGGCAAUUCCAGUAGUCAAAUUCUUCAUGAAAGAUGUUUUGUGUGAGUAUAAUAGCCGUUUUACUUUAGUAUACCAUUGAUGAUUGAUUGAAAUUAUGCAUAGUUUUUGUAAAGUGGCUUUUAUUGCUUAAAACGUGAAUCAGUCAUUUGGAACAGACACCACUGUGAUGCUAAAUUCGGACUCCAACAGCUAGUAUGAGCUAUGGUUAAAGCCUUGGUGUAAUCAUGAACUAUUUGCAGAUAAAGAAAAGAAACUUUCCAGUAAUUCAUGUCAGUUUUUAAUGUUUUUUUUUAUUCUUUCCAGCUAGUGUCCAAUUCGCACUCAAGUGUACAAAAUUCGCAUACAGUGUACAACUUCAAUCAAAAAUGACAAAAAUGUACUCCACCUUUUUCUUUUCAUCCCUCAUCCCGCAGGAAGCCCAUACGUAGUGAGUGAGUGUAUAGUCGAUGAUAUUCGAUUGAAGAGGAGUUACAGUCAAACCAGGUCAAGCGUUCCUGUCGCUAAUGAAUGAAUGAAUUCAUUAACGGAAUAAUGAUUUUGUUUGUUGAUUCAAUAAUCCAUUCAUAAAAUGAACAAUCCAAUAUUCAUAUUUAGCCUUGAUUCUAUAAUAAUUAUUGAAUGUUGAUUCAAUUACCGUUUUUUGCAAAAAUGUAUGUGGGGUGAUUGGUGGAUUUCGAUUCCCGGCCUUUGUCAGUUUCUUUACGUUUGUGGUCUUUCUAUUCAAGCUGUUAUUUUGACUAAAGCCAAUGAAAAAUGCAAUCAUAAACAGCAGGAAAAGGGAAGCAAAUACAAUUAAACACAACAGACAAAAAUAAAGAACAGGUAGUUUUUGUUCAUAAACCAAAUCAACAUUUAAUUACAGCAUUGAAACAAGGUCCAAUUUGACUGUUGGAUUAUUCAUUUUAUGACUGGAAAUAUUGAAUCAACAAAAGAAAUCAUUUUCCAUUAAUGAAUUUAUUAGUUUGUUAGCAACGGAAACACUUGACCUGGUUUAAUUGACUGUAUAAAAAAGAAAUGCUAGGAAGAGUUGGAAGAAUAAAGGUGCAUUAUGUCAAUGACAGUGUACAGUGUUUUUGUACAUGCAAAAAUUUUAUUCUCAAGUAAAUGGAUCUAAUAUUUAAAUAAAAUAUAUUUCUUUUACAGUUGUGUGCAAUGCUUCCAACCAUUUCCUGAAGGAUUGUUUUAUGAGGUUUGUUAAAUCCAUUACUAAAUAUGUUGAACACAAAAUACCUUUAGUCAUAACAUGAAAAUUAUUUUGGCGACACUUUAAUGUAGAAAUUUUGAAAAAUCCUUAUUUAGCGGCACUUUAAUGUAGAAAUUUUUCAUAAAAAUUUAAUUUUGAAGCAUAUGUCACUUUUUGAUUCAUCCAUUCCAGUUGUCAUGCUGAAAUGUGCACGCGACAUCUUACACACAUCAAAAUUGACCGUCAAAUUGCAUGCAUGUAUGUGUGAAACUGACCAGAUGACGGAAUUUCAUAUUGUACUCACUUUAAUUUAGCGACGCUUUAAAUUUAGGGACACCUAAUCAUGAUGCAUUUUAAUUUAGCUAUGUUUAGAAAAAUUGCUAAAUUUGAUUAAAUUAAGGGUUACCAAAAGUUUCAUGUAAUAAGGUAGUUCAACCAUGGCAUAAAAGACACUAUAAAAUGUUGAUUACAUUAAUAAUUAAUAAUAAUAAUAAUAUUAUUAAUUAAGUAAAUUAAUUAUUAAUUGACUUAACCAUUAUAGUCAGAGUGACUCUUAAAAGAGAAAACCCUUCUUAUGGCCACCUUGACAAAUCCCUGAUGAGCUCUUUACUACAAACAUCAAUUUUUUCAUGUCAAUCUCCUUAUUAAUAUCACCAAGAGAAAAGGUUAUGAGAAUAAAUAAAAUGAUCACCAAAGGGGAAAUGUUCUGAUCUUUAAAAAAAUUCUCUAAAUUAGCAGGAAGUAUAUUGACAUCUGUGUCAGUCUGUACUGUAUGUGGAUAUUUGGGUUUAAAAGGUUAACAGUACAAUAAAAAUUCCUGAGUAACAACCUGGCCCCAGUUGUUUUAAAGGUGGACACUGCUAUCCUCUGUACAAAACACUAUCCAGUGGAUAGUGCAGUUAUUGGUUUCCCUUAUUAUCCACCGGAUAGAGAUUUAUCUGAUGGAUAGCACUAUCCAGCAUUUGAACAAUAAGCUACUUUCGAUAUAUUAAAAUUCAGCAUGAUAGAGAGUCUUAGAGGACACAAACAAAGAAAAUGAAUAAAAAAGAAUAAUCAUGGUUUAUUCAUUUUCUUUGUUUGUGUCCUCAAAGACUUGCUAUCAUGCUGAAUUUUAAUAUAUCAAAAGUUGCCUAUUGGCCCCUGGCUUUAAGAACCUGUUUAGCCUAAAAUUUGAAACAGGUUUAUAUUUUCUAAAAUCUAUAGAAAUUCUGUACGCUUGUAUUGGUAUGCAGAUUUUUCAUAAGGAGUAUUGCUAAAUACUGUAAAUCCUCUAUUAAGCUCUCCCUCUGUAAUAAGCCCCCCACCCCCACCCCCUCCUCCUCUCCCUGCUUAUCAUUAUUCACUAAUAAUUGUUGGAUUGCAUUAAUCAACUUAGUGUGGACUGAUCCAGGAUGGUUUAUUCACCAACUGGAAGUUCAAAUUUGUUUUUGUUCCUUGGCUGCAUUACCUCCCACUUCUUGUGCUUGAGCUUUUCUUCUUUGCAUUCUAGUUCUUUGUGGAGAAUAUUAAUACCAUCGUCUUUGCUAAAUUAAAGCCCCCCCUUCUCAAAUAAGCCCCCUGUCUCUAUUUAAGCACCCCCUCAUUUAAUGGGGGGCUUAAUAGAGGAUUUAUGGUACCACUAAAUGUAUACAAUGUAUCUUUUUUUCUUAACCUGUUUAGGCUUUCAUGGGAAAAUGCAGGCUCUUACUCUUGUUUUCUUUUAAUAUAAUUGCAUAAUCAAUAAUAAGUGUUUCAUUGUUGGGAUGUUUAAUGCUAACAGAACUGUUUCAUGUUUGUAGUAUGAUGAGAGGCGAUACUGUGAACAAGACUUCCAGACUUUGUUUGCUCCAUGCUGCAAACAGUGUGGUAGGUUAAACAUGUGUUUGUUGAUCCCCGUAGGUCAUGUCAUUAAAUCCAAAAAAAACACUGCAGGUCUAUACAUUAUCAAGACUGAUUACCGGUAAUUAUUUUUGUGUGGCUCAAGUUAGCUGCUUACUGUAACAAUAGUUUUAUCCGGGUUUAUGGAUGUUACAUUCAGACCUAAUAUUAUUAAUAGAAAAUAUUAACAGUUCAUGAACUUCUUGCAUGUAAGCAGCCAACUGACUUGCCAAGAUUUAGUGGAUGCUUAUUAGAGGUAAUUGCCUCUGAGAGUUGAACAGUCAUGCAGGUUUCUUUUUUCAUUUUUGCAUUCUGGAGUCUGUCAAAUUGUCCACUCUUAUUGGCGUGUUAGUGGUUUGUUAUUCUGAUCUACCGCUUGUGGCUCUGCUCACAAAAACUCUUCUCUAAAACUUUUUGUAAACAUUUUUGAAAAAAUUCUCUUUGUGUGUCCAUUAGCCCUAAUUCUCAAAUAAUUAGGGCUAAGAGACAAAGGAAAUGUGAGAAUCAACCUAGGUGAAAAAAUUUUAAACUGAAUUUAAUUCAGACCUUUAACAUAUGUAUUAUCAAAAUUUGAAAACAGAUAAUGCUAAUAUUAAUGUUGUUAAAUUAUGACUUUAGGUAAGUUUGUGAUUGGCCGAGUGAUCAAGGCAAUGCAGGCAAACUGGCAUCCAGAUUGUUUCCGUUGUGAGAUCUGCAAUGAAGCUUUGGCUGAUUCUGGGUUUGUCAAAAAUGCUGGAAGGUAUGUAUUUCUUAAUGUGCUUUCUCAGGGCUGUGUUCUAGCUGAAUCUGGUAACCUAUGGGCACUGACUUCCAGGAAAUCUUGGUACAUUGCACCUUGAAUUCAUAGCUUACUGUUAGCUUUUGUUGCGUGGUGGGGAGUGGGACAGUGGUACCUCAGAUUUCAAUUGAUGGGUAUGAGGCAGACGACGAUCGAAUAGUAUCCCAUGAUGCACCUCGAUUCAUGUUAUAUUAUCACUGCGUACGUGACACAUCAUGAUCAGUAAUCUUCAGCACGCGCGAAGUGAACAUCGAUCGCAGUGCUCGAUGUGGAUGGUUUCCAAACAUGUUUCGGUAAGCAGCUUCUGCUUUUGAGAUUAUCGAGUUGGCUAAUAUUCACUGUGCUUUAAAGGAGAAUUUCAGCGUUGCUUUGACUGAGAAGGGUUUUACAUGUAUUUCACUGAUCUGUCGAGAACUACUUGUGCCGCGCUCGGUCACACUGUAAACACAAAUUAUAAGACUCGCAAUUGAUAAGCUUCACUAGGUUCACUAGGAGAACCCCAGGCCAGAGGAGAACCAAAACUAUGACUGAUCUAUAAAGUGGUUCCAACAAAACAUCCGCAAUGCUGUGAAGCUAAUUACCAAAGGAUAAUUUAUUACAGCAUCGCUCAAAAAGAGCUGAAGUUUACAAUGGCAGUUACAAAUAAAAUUUAACCUAUCGAUGCGACAAACAAUUCUCUGAAGCACAGUUUACCCAGUACUGACUCAAGCAAUCUUCAAGGAAAUUUCCUGGCCAGAAUACUGAUCUGUUCUUUUGAAUAAAUAAAGUUUCUGCAUGAUGUUUCUUUUUCAAAUUCUGAGCAGGCUUCAGUUUACGUUGUGCCGGCUUGCAUGCUGCGUGGUUCCUUUCUUUGGGUUCUUUUCACACUGAAACACACCGUUAUACACCGCUCCUUCUUCGAAUUAAAAUAAUUAUAGUCAAAUUCCUUUUAAAAAUAACCUCUUUGAAAAUACAAAGUGAUUGCUUCGGCAUAAAGCGCUCUCAAAAGCGCCCAACAGAUUGUAGCCUUCAUCAGGCUUUACACAUAUAUUAUGACACAUGGCGUUGAAAUGUGAUAAAAGAUUCGAAAUUUCAGCCAUCUUUGGUCGACAAAAAAGUCUUCAAAAUGUGGGUACUUCUGGGUACUUCUUGGCCUGUACAACAUUCAGGACUUCAUUUUGCUGGCGUGAGGUCCACAUUUGUAAGAUUUCAACAUAUAUUCCAAAAAACCUUGAAUAUUCAUGACCUGGUUGUGGGUCACUGAACACUUUGUGAUGGGAAGACUAAUUGGAACCAUGAAAGUAAAUGUUUCUAAGUGGAAAUUUCGCUCUUAAGCCAUUGCAAAUCGGAGAAAUCAUGUCAAAUAAUGAAAUAAUGUAAUUUUUUUACUUUUACUGGAAAUCGAGUGAGAAAAAAGCCGACGAGAAAACGACCUUAUUUCACGAUGGAAUCUGCUAUGACUGCGAUAUUGCGUGAUGCUUCUGGAAAAAUGCAUCAUGGGAUACUAUUCGAUCCUCCUCUGGGUAUGAGGGAAACUUUUUAGGAUCCAUUGGAAAUUUUCCAUUCUGGGGGUUUGGGGAGUAUGUUAGUAAUAAAGCAAUUGUUUCAUAAUUAAUUUUGUGUUUUUGUUUCUUCCUUUUCUCAGGGCACUUUGCAAGAAGUGCAAUGCAGAUGAAAAGACUAAAAGUAAGUAGUAGUGAUUAUAAAUACACAGAUGACUCAUUUGUUGUUGUUGUUGUUGUUGUUGUUGUUGUUGUAGUUAUUUCAAUUUGUUAUACUGUUACUUAUUACCUUUUUGUUUUUUUUUUCUCACUAGAGACUGGUCGUUAUGUUUGUCGUAAGUGUCAGUAAGUACCUAAUUUUAUUUUAAUAGUGCUUCUAGAAAUACUCCUUCAAAAAAAUCAAGAAAUGGCACAAAAUAUAUGACACAGUAAUCAACUGUUGUAAUCAAACAAGAUUUUGAUUCUGUUUGUGUUCACAGUACUUACAUCCCUGAAGGACAGCAUAUUAUGUACAUGGGUGAGCCAGUUCAUCCCUGGCAUUAUAACUGCUUUUCAUGCAAGUGAGUGUUCUUAACAAGUAGUCAUUAUACUGUAUCAUGAAAAUAACAUUAGUUUAGGGAUCUUUUCGGUGGUACAAAUACAUCCAUAUUAUUUUAUUUCGCACUCUCUGUCCGGCCUAUUAAAGAGAAACAUUUAAUUUUGUUUGCCAAGAAUGGUUUUGUUUGCUUCUGGAAGCAGGAAGAUUCUCAUUUCUUCAGCCAUAGAAAAUAAUUUAUUUUCCUAUAUAGUCUUAGGACAAUGCCAGGGGUAGAGUCGCGCAUAGGUUUGGGAAGGGUAUGUGCUGGGCACCCAGGUCUUCAAAUUUGAACCCGAUUUAAAAAAUAUGUAUUUACAUCCAACAUGAUGUACCCAUACCCCAUGCUUCCAAUACCCUCUUCCAGGGCACUCUUGUUUUAAAGCUUUCUUACUUCAGUUCAAAAUUAAUAUUAUGCCCUCUCCUUGGAAACCUGUUGAUUCAGAUACUUUUUUCUAUGCAAAGAGAAUGGCUAAUAUCCAGCGAUCUUCCCCCUUGCCCCUCCCCCCCACCCCCAAAAAAUAAAAUCACUGCAAUACCCAUCGGGCAAGUUAAGAAGAAAAUUCAGUAGCCUCACUCCUUACCUUUCUGAUAGAUACAGUGGUGUGAAUUAAAACAAGUACAUUUGUGUUGUUUAAUAGCAAGGAGCUGGACCAUCUAUGCCGUAAGAAAGAAAAUGAGUUGUACUGUUUGAGGUGCCAUGACAAAAUGGGAAUACCAAUUUGUGGAGGUUGUAGGUGAGUUUUAGGUGUAAAAUGCAUAACGGCAUAAGAAUACAAUAACAUACCGUAAAUCCUCUAUUAAGCCCCCCAGGAGGCUUAUUUAUUUCAAGCCCAUUUGAGGAGGGGGGGGGCUUAACAGAGACCGGGGGCUUAUUUGAGAGGGGGGCUUAUUUAAUUUAGAAAGGACGAUGGUAUCAGUUGUCCAUAAAGAACUAGAAUACAAAGUGGAAAAGCUCAAGUACGAGAAGUUUUAGGUCAUGCAGCCGAAGAUCAGAAUCAAAUCCAAAUUUCCAGUUCGUAAAUAAACCAUCCCGGAUCAGUCCACAUGAAGUUUUACGGUCGUGAUUGAUUAAUACAGUCUAUCAUUUAUUAUUGUAGAAUAGUUAGGGGUGGGGAGGGGGCUUAUUAACUUUCUUCCCCUGAAAAGGGGGAGCUUAUUAGAGGGAGGGGGCUUAAUAGAGGAUUUACGGUAAUGUGAUUAUUACACACUUUAGCCAUCUUAGGCCACUAAGGCAGUUGCCUGGGUGAGUAUGGCAUGGGUACGUUGUGUAGUUUCAUGGUGAUGCAGAUAGGUUCAGUCACCAUUGAUGUAAUAUAAAAGACUGAAAACAAGAUACUGAACCACGUGACAAUACUUUAACUAACAAUAGUUUCUGCAACACUAAGAAAUACGUUAGCCUCCCAUGUAGAUGUUCUUAGGGGUUCAUCACACAUUCUUGGCCCCUGUCUGUGGGGCAGGAACGUGUGACGAGCCCCUAAGAAUAAAUUAUCUGUGUAGGACUCUCGGCUACUUUUUUCGAGCUCCCGAUAGGCUAGUAACACCCAUGUCAUCUGAGAAGCUCAGCCUCCAGAGGCUGAUUAAAAGCAAGGGCAAGAGGCUGGUUAAAAGUGUGGCACAAAGUUGUAAUUAUUUUGACUUUGCUUGAUUUUUCUGCUUUAAACAUUUAUGGCAGUUCAGAUCAGUAGGUGGUAUUUGAGUCUCGCAUCUGACUAAUACACAUCUGUGAUCCCCAAUACAAAUCAACUGUCAAGAUAAAUUAUUAAUCAAAAUAAUCAACAAUUUGUCCAAAUUCCUGCUUUGCUUAUAGUAUUCAUUAACUUUUGAUACACAUGCGUGUACUGAUUGUUUCAUUUUACAAGUAUGAUAAAAUAUUUGCGGGAGAUCUGUAUGGACUUUACAGUGGCUUGCAUUAAGCCCACCAGUGUAAUCGCCCAUACAGUUCUCAUGCACAAUUUUGAGACUGGAGUUGACCUAGCUUGUGCCAGGCUCUCACUUAGUUCAGACGACGAGUGAAAAAUGCAGGCUAUUAAGGAAAAAGUGAGCGAGCGAAAAACGGUGGGAAGAGAGUCUCACCUAGCCUCCCACGUAGACGUUCUUUGGGGUUUGUCACGCAUUAGGAAUGCGUGACGAACUCCUGAGAACGUCAGCGUGUCUCUCCUGCUCCCUUCAGAUCAAUUUAGGUUUCUGGGAAACUGCACACCUACCCCUCCCCUAAGCCAUCAUUUUGCCCUAAGUGAGAAGUAAGUGUAAAUGUGAGCUUAGGCGAGGGGUAGGUGGGCAGUUUCCCAGAAACCUAAAUUGGUCCCUCCCUUCUCUCCCCAGCCCACGCAGUACUCGCGCCAAUUUUCUUGAUCCGCUUUCCCCAUAGUCUGCUACACAGCCGUUUCUAUCGUUGCGUGACGUCACUAAAACAGCUGUGUAGCAGACUACUUUCCCCACCAUCGUGGAGGCUGGAACAGGCUAGAGCUGACCUUGUUUUGAUACAACCCUUUCCGCUUUAUUAUGCAAAUCAUGUGGUUAAUUCUGUUUCUAACAAGUAUUUUUAAGCACAAUUUCCCUAAGAAAUCAAGGGAGGUUUGUAUCAAAACAAGCUCAACCUCAGCCUCAUGUUGAUUCAAAUGCAAGGGCACUAAGCCCACAACUGUAAAUGGUGUAUUGACAGACUAAUGAAGGUUAAGCGAUUUAGGUGAAAUGUUUGGGUUAAAUUUAUGACGUUCUAGUCAAACACUUUGUCUUUUUUGUAACAAUACAUUGCAGUAAAAUGAUUAUAUUCUUCUUAGGCGGCCAGUUGAAGAGCGGGUAGUACACGCCCUUGGAAAAGCAUGGCAUGUUGAGGUACAUAUAGUGCAAGUUUUGAAAAUAAAAUUGUGAGUUCAUUAAUAACAGUUAAUAGACAUGGUAUUGACAAUGAUGAAAGGGAGUUCAUGCAUUCAUGAUGCAGUGGCAACAAUAGUCUGCGUAGCUGGUGCUUUUGCGUGACGAGCGUGCAAUGUGUUCGCCGCUUGCUUGCGCUGCCCUGCAUUGCCCUCGUCAGCAAAACCGCCUGUUACGCAGGCUAUUGGGACGAGAUCGUCAAAACUGUCCGCUUUAUGAGCAAAAUAACAACCUUGCACGUGCAUCACCCUUUUUGGAAAAAAUAACUACCCUUCACGUGCAUCACACACUUUUGGUUCAUUUCUUUGCCGUCACUACUGCACAACUACGACGUGAAGUGUGCUAAUACUUGCUUACGCGACAUUUAAAAACAAAAACCUGAACACUUGUCGACAAGUGUUCCUUUUUUUCUUUAAGAACUAGAAAUCGGUAAAUUCCCCUACAAUUGACAAGUUAAGCGAGUUGGAAUAUUAAAAAGAUCGUGACGAAGUUUGAAAGAACAUGAAAAUGAAUUUCAUUUGAAUAGUUAUUAAAACUACCAAGAUUGUUUAACAAAACGUAUGUUUUUUCCACAGCAUUUUGUAUGCGCCAAGUGUGAAAAACCAUUUUAUGGUCAUCGCUAUUAUGAAAGGAGAGGCCUGGCAUACUGUGAAACCCAUUAUAACGAGGUACGAUGAUCUGCAAUUCUAGGAAAGUCUUGAAUAAAGUUGCUCGGUGGAACUUCACAUUGUCGCUAGAAGGACACACACACGUGUCCAUUUUCCAUAGGUGUUCAUUUUAUAGAGCUACAACCACUUGAAAAAAUGGUGAGACACUUCCACGAAAAAACGACCUUUCUUGCUUCAAAUCGCUCCUGGUCACAGGUCUGUGAGAUAUAAUAAUGACCUCCCUCCUCCCUCCCAUUCAAAGUUGUUCCUCCAAGUUUUGAGGAUGGUCUUGUAUUGCUAGCAACUUUGAUAAGGGGUGGAGGGGGGAUCACAAGCACAAGAUCAUGGACAGGCCAUUUAUGCCAAAAUACGGUACAGUGUCUCAAGUACUUUUGCAACUGGUUGUAGCGAUUGCCAAGUGUGCAGAGGAGUAUAGUUGGUAUUAGACCAUAAACAAUUUUAUAUCUAUUUGAUUGCCGUUAAUCUGUUUCUUUUCCCAUAAAUUUUCACUCUACAAUUUGAGUUAAGUCAUUUGUUACGGUUCACCACUAAAAAAUCCUUUGUUCAGUACCUUUUGCUCACCGUUUGAGUGCCAGUAGGGAGCUUAAGCAACGACGACGUUGACGGCAACGAGAACGGCAAAAAAGCGAUAGGUUUGAUCGGUUUAGCUGAUUGAGCAAAACAACAAUCUGCACGUGCAUCACGCUUUUUUGUAUAUUUCGUUGCACGACCACGACGUGAAACUGCUUAAUUCCUCUCUCUGUGGAUGACGUGUCUACUCACCUCUCUGUAAGGGCCUGUUUACAUGGAGGUGGGGAACCCCAGAUAGGUGAGGUAACAUGUGCCGAGUCACCCCACCUAUGAUGUAAACGUGACCCAAUUAAAAUGAGUGAUUAUAUGGACAGGCGGGUUACCUCACCUACCUGGGGUCCCCCACCUCCAUGUAAACAGGCCCUUAGACGGACACCUUCUUCAGGACCGGACUCGAUGGUCCGCCUUGGAGAUGUUCUGAGCAAUAUUUUCCCGACUUUUGUUUUAAGCAUUCUUAUCGGUGUGUGUUUAUGAAGAUUCUGACUUGUCUGAUCUGUCCCUGCAGCUCUUUGGUGAUGUUUGCUUUGAAUGCAACAAAGCCAUUGUAGGAGAUGGUAAGCGACCGAUUAUAAAGAUUUGGUUCGAUAUUUAACGCAUUACGUUUUCUUUAGACUGUUUUCCUACACAUAGGCCUUGUCAGUUUUGCUCUCAUUGUGGUUGGCUCCUCCUAAAAUGUUCUGCAAUUGGUAUGGGAUUUAAUGGAGCCGAAACCUAUUGUGGAAUUGCACAUAUUUUAGGCAUCCUACUGAUGAUGAAAAGUUUAUACGACCUAUGCAUAUUUCGAGCAACGACAAUUUGCUGUCUGUCCCCUUUGAAUUGUUUGAGAUAUUUGGUUGCUUUACUUUUUAUUUUAAUGUUACAUCUCACCAAAAGUAAUUUUAUUGUUGUUAGUCAAAGUAAAAUGUAAAUUUUGUUUAUUUACUAUCAAAUUUUUCUGCAGUGGUAAAUGCGCUUCACAAGUGUUGGUGUGUCCAUCAUUUCACCUGCAUCGGAUGCAAUAUUUCUUUAAAUCUCAAGUAAGUACCACCGAUGUCAAAAUUUUGCAAUAGUGAAUACCGUUCAAUUUAUACCAAAACCGCACAAUUUUUCCAUAUCUAACAAGUAGAUCUGAGCAUAGUUACGAAAACAUGGGAAUGGAAUUUUAUCACUCUGACAGUGGCACAGGCGAAGCAGAAAAAAAGAAAUCUGAGUUCUCCCACCAGGAGUUUGUUGACUAGUCCAGAUGCAAUACCACUGAGCCACAAACAAUUUCAACCAAUCACAAACACUACCCCCAUCUGGGUAGUGACGCGUCCUUAGUAUGGAAUUUCUGCGCUCGUUUCUCAGACGUCAUUUGGCGGGAAAGCGAGUGGUGGCGUCGCAAGAUGUCGGCUGUUUUCUCAGACCAUGUAACAGGCUAUGUUCCUUUUAUCGCACUUAAACCUGAGAAACCAUUUUUUUCUUGAUUGUUGAUUAUUUUUUCUAGGAGCAAAUUCCAUGAGUUUGACAUGCAGCCCCUGUGCAAGAAAUGUUACGAGAAGAUGCCCCUGGAGUUGAAAAAGAGGUUAAAGAAAGCAGAGCAGACAGCGGGCAGGAAGUAAAGCUAAACCUGCGCUUUGGUCAUGUUGUUUUGCAAAGAAGAAUAUGUUUAACAAAUAAAGAAGCCUGGACUGUGCUGUACAGUACCGCUAAUGAUCCCUAACCGCUCAGUGCUCCGUUCUGUUGUAAAGCACGCAGGAAGCGGCUUGAGCACGAAAGAGGUGUAGAGGGAAACACGAGAUACGGUUGAAUGUUUUCCCUUCUGCGUAAGAACUCUAGCCGCUUCCUAAGUGCUUUUUAAUACAAUAGAGCUCAGUCAAGGCUUUUUAUUCGCUUUAUGUCAAAGAAUCCGUUAAAUUUUCCCACGCAUUAGUUUCUAAUUUUCAAAACAAACUAUUGACAGUUUGCGUGCCAACUUAAGCUCUCAUAAAGCAUGCUUUUUGAACCAAUCAGAGCGUGCGUCAUAUUUGAACUUUAUUAAAAAUAUCAUUAUGU